GUCAACAUAUAGUCAAGAUGGCCGAGUUGGUCUAAGGCGCCAGUUUCAGGGUUUAAUUGGGUUUAUAAGUUUAUACAUUACACCUUUUUUUUUUGGUUUGUGACGAUGUCUAUCGCAAUCAACCAUUGUCUCUCUCUCCUUAAUAGCUGCAAGAACUUAAGAGCUCUAACCCAAAUCCAUGGCUUCUUUAUUAAAUCCGGCGUUGACACUGAUUCUUACUUCACCGGAAAACUUAUCCUACAUUGUGCGAUUUCCAUUUCCGACGCUUUGCCUUACGCUCGCCGUCUCUUGCUCUGUUUUCCUGAACCUGAUGCGUUUAUGUUCAACACUCUCGUCCGAGGCUACUCUGAAUCCGACGAGCCACACAAUUCCGUUGCCGUGUUUGUGGAAAUGAUGAGGAAAGGUUUCGUUUUUCCGGAUAGCUUCUCCUUUGCGUUUGUAGUCAAGGCGGCGGCGAAUUUUCGGUCUUUAAGAACUGGGUUUCAGAUGCAUUGUCAAGCUUUGAAACAUGGGCUUGAUUCACAUUUGUUUGUUGCUACUACCUUGAUCGGUUUGUAUGGGGAAUGUGGGUGUGUUGAGUUUGCUCGCAAGGUGUUCGAUGAAAUGCCUCAACCGAAUUUGGUUGCGUGGAAUGCUGUGGUCACGGCCUGUUUCAGGGGGAAUGAUGUUAUGGGAGCGAGGGAAAUCUUCGAUAAGAUGCUGAUAAAGAAUCAUACGUCGUGGAACGUGAUGCUUGCAGGGUACAUUAAAGCUGGGGAGCUUGAGAGUGCUAAAUGGAUCUUCUCGGAAAUGCCUCACAGAGAUGAUGUCUCCUGGAGCACUAUGAUUGUUGGGUUUUCUCAUAAUGGAAGUUUCAAUGAGUCUUUCUCGUAUUUCAGGGAGUUACUACGAGCGGAAAUGAGACCAAACGAGGUAAGUCUGACCGGAGUUCUCUCUGCCUGUUCACAAUCUGGGGCAUUUGAGUUUGGGAAGACAUUACACGGGUUUGUAGAUAAAGCAGGGUAUAGUUGGAUAGUUUCGGUGAACAAUGCGCUUAUUGAUAUGUAUUCUAGAUGUGGUAAUGUCCCAAUGGCUAGGUUAGUCUUUGAAGGUAUGCAAGAGAAGAGGAGUAUUGUAUCUUGGACAUCAAUUAUAGCGGGCUUAGCAAUGCAUGGUCACGGAGAAGAAGCUAUUAGACUAUUCAAUGAAAUGACCGAGUCUGGUGUUACACCAGACGAGAUAUCUUUCAUUUCACUUUUGUAUGCUUGCAGUCAUGCUGGACUGAUCAAAGAAGGUGAAGAUUACUUCUCUAAGAUGAAGAGAGUCUACCAUGUCGAACCAGCAAUUGAACACUAUGGUUGCAUGGUUGAUUUAUAUGGCCGAUCUGGAAAACUGCAAAAGGCUUAUAAUUUCAUAUGCCAAAUGCCAAUUCCGCCAACUGCCAUAGUGUGGCGGACUCUUCUCGGAGCUUGCAGUAGUCAUGGGAAUAUCGAAUUGGCAGAGCAAGUGAAACAAAGGCUUAAUGAGCUUGACCCAAAUAACUCUGGGGAUCUUGUUCUUUUGUCGAAUGUUUAUGCUACUGCAGGUAAAUGGAAGGAUGUUGCUUCUAUCAGAAAGUCAAUGAUUGUCCAGAGAAUCAAGAAGAUAACUGCUUGGAGCUUCGUGGAAGUUGGCAAAACCAUGUAUAAGUUCACUGCAGGCGAGAAAAAGAAGGGAAUCGAUAUAGAGGCUCACGAGAAGCUAAAAGAAAUCAUCUUGAGGCUUCGAGAUGAAGCUGGGUAUGCCCCAGAAGUAGCAAGUGCUUUAUAUGAUGUGGAAGAGGAAGAAAAGGAGGAUCAAGUGAGUAAACACAGUGAGAAGCUUGCACUUGCAUUUGCUCUAGCUAGAUUGCCUAAAGGAGCAAAUAUCAGGAUAGUAAAGAAUCUGCGAAUUUGCAGAGAUUGUCACGCUAUUAUGAAGCUAACUUCAAGGGUCUAUGGAGUAGAAAUUGUGGUCCGAGACAGAAAUCGCUUCCAUUCAUUUCAGGACGUAACCUCAUCAAUGGAAGCUUCACUCCCAACACAAACUUUCGGAUGUCUCUAUAACUUGAGGUUUGUGGCUUACAUUGCCUUGGGACUGUGGAUUCUACCAAACUUUGACGAGAAAUAUCAAGCACGUCUUCGUGGUUCUGGUUCAAAAGUCUCAACCUUUGAAUCGUCGUUUCCUUCUUUCUCGCUUACCAGAUCUUCGAAAAAUCCUAUCUUUUUGGAUUAUUUCGCUUCCAUGGCUGCUUCAGCUGCAUUCUCCAUUUCAUCACCACCUUUCGUACCCUUUUCCUGCAAAAUUCGCAGACCAUUUCUCUUGCUUACUCCAAAAUAUCCCAAACUUGUUUCGGUGCGAGCUUCAGUGCCGUCGAUCUCCAUCGAUGACAAAUCGCCAGUCCAAACUAAGACAAGCACUUGGCAGUGGAAGUUCAAGGGUAAUUCGAUCGGUAUAUACUAUGAAGAGCAUGGGAGGGAGAAGUGUGAAUCAGCUAAGAAUAUCCUAAUGAUACCAACAAUAUCCGAUGUUAGUACCGUUGAGGAGUGGAGAUCUGUGGCUAAAGACAUUGUGCAACGCGAUGGGGAAGUCAACUGGCGAGCAACUAUUGUAGAUUGGCCCGGUCUUGGUUAUUCUGCUAGACCGAAGAUGGAUUAUGACACAGAUGUCAUGGAGAAGUUUGUGGUCGACUUCAUGAACUCACCUGAGAGCCCAAUGAGCCAGUCAGGUAAUGAUGAUCUAGUGAUCAUGGGAGGAGGGCAUGCGGCAACACUAGCACUCCGUGCUACCCAACGUGGGCUACUAAAACCAUCAGCCAUUGCUGCUGUCGCACCUACAUGGGCUGGACCUCUCCCUAUUGUCUUUGGCCGUGAUUCUUCCAUGGUGUCGAGGUAUGGUAUGCUAAGAGGAACUCUAAGAGCACCUGGAGUUGGUUGGAUGAUGUACAACAUGUUGGUGAGCAACGAGAAGUCAAUCGAGUCUCAGUACAAAUCCCAUGUUUAUGCAGACCAAACCAAUGUGACGGAUGCCAUAAUCCAAAGCAGAUACGAGUUAACAAAGCAGAAGGGAUCACGCUACGUCCCAGCAGCUUUUCUGACUGGUUUACUCGACCCGGUUACAUCCCGGGAGGAAUUUCUCCAACUGUUUGCUGAUUUGGAAGGGAAAUUACCGGUAAUGGUUAUGUCAACAAAAGGAGCUCCAAAAAGAUCGAAAGCAGAAAUGGAAGCAUUAAGAGGAGCCAAAGGAGUAAGCAAAUUCGUGGAAGUUGAAGGUGCACUCUUACCUCAAGAAGAGUAUCCUUCUCUUGUUGCUCAAGAGCUCUACAACUUCUUGCAAGAGACUUUUGCUAAAUGUUAGAUAGAGUGUUCAUUGUUUGCUGUUCUUGUUUAUAUUGAUUUUCUAAGUUUCAAAAAUUCGUAUAAGCUGUUCGGGAUCUUUUUGAGUUUCGUCUAGCAUUGUUUCAAUUAAACCAAUUUCGACACC